AUGGAACCUAAACUACAUCCCGCUCUCACCGUCUCUAACAUCAAGACACAUGUUCCUGUCAUCUUGGAAAAAGAUUCAACCCACUACACCACUUGGAAGACCCUCUUCAAAGUUCACUGUCAGAUUUACGAGGUGCUCGAUCACCUCGCAGCCAAGCCGGCCGCUGCCUCUUCUUCUUCUACCUCGGACUCUGAUAAAGACAAAGUUGUUGCCGCCGCAGCCGAGACUUUAUGGAUACAACUGGAUGCCGUCGUGCUCCAGUGGAUUUAUGCCACCAUCUCCACGCCACUUCUGCACACUAUUCUCCAACCGGAGUUUGCCAACUUAUGUCUCGAGAAGUUUUCGUCCACGGCGGAAUACUGUCAACAUGCCAAACAUCUCACUGAACAACUUCAAAGUGUUGGCUCUCCUUUUGACGACCGUAUGUUAGUCCUCAAAAUCCUCACCGGCUUAACUGAACAGUAUGACAGCAUCUCUACCGUCCUACAAAACCGGGAUCCGCUACCCGACUUCAAUGAGGUUCGUUCACGGCUCAACAUGGAAGAACAAAAGAAGAAACGCCAAGUUAGCCACGGUACCUAA